AAUAUUAAAAUGGCGGGUGUUUUGAAACACCAUCGGGUUAUUCAAAGAAUAAUCGCUCCAAACACGUGUCUUAAGUCAAGGCUUGUUCAAUAUAGGUUGUUAUCUGGUAGUUCAACAGAUUUAGUUGUCACAGAUAAAGUUGGUAAGAUAUUCCUGAUAGGCAUUAACAGACCAGAGAAAAGAAACUGUGUUAAUUCUCAAACAGCUGCCCAAUUAGUACAGGCUUUUAGGACAUUUGAGAAUGAUGAUUCAUUAAGAGUGGCAGUUCUGCAUGGGAAAGGUGGCAACUUUUGUGCUGGAUUUGAUUUGUCACAGCUGUCAGAAGGUGGGGUGUCUCCUGAGAAUUUCCCAGAUCCCAAUGACGGACUAGGACCUAUGGGCCCCUCCAAGAUGGUGUUCAAUAAACCAGUAAUUGCUGCUGUAUCUGGCUAUGCUGUUGCUGGAGGUCUUGAACUUUCACUGAUGUGUGACAUGAGAAUUGUGGAGGAAACAGCCAUCAUGGGAGUUUUCUGCAGGAGGUUUGGAGUUCCAUUGAUAGAUGGAGGAACAGUGAGACUGCCAGCUUUGAUUGGUCUUUCUAGAGCAAUGGAUAUGAUCCUGACAGGACGAGGUGUGUCAGCUAAUGAAGCACUGCAAAUGGGGCUUGCUAAUAGGGUUGUCCCAAUAGGAACAGCUGUAGGCGAAGCAGUAAAGAUUGCUCAAACUAUUUCUAACUUUCCACAAGAGUGUAUGCUCAGAGACCGCAAGUCUGCCUAUCAUGCCACUUAUGACGCCCCCUCACAUACAGAUGCAAUGUGCUAUGAAUUGGACAAUGCUAAACAUGUGAUCAAUUUGGAAUCUGUUCAGGGGGCAGGCAGGUUUGUAACAGGGGCCGGGAAGGGAGGAAAGUUUAAUAUUGACAAACCAACAUCAAAACUGUAGCAGAUACAGACUAUUUAAUCUACAUCAGAACAAUACCAUACAGUGCAGUAAAAUACAAUCUCAAUAUUAUAAUGAGUUAUGUGAUGGAUUUUGAAUUGGAGUUUUGAGUUGCAAGAGUUUGUUUCAGAUUGAGUCAUUGUACUACAGGGUGAGCCAAAAGAAGAUUACCCAAAAAUGUAUGUUGGCACAGCUAAAUCUUGUUCAAUAUGCCUUCUUUCUACAAAGUUCUAUUGGUCUAUAUCCAAUGGUCAUGAUUUUAUGGCCAU